UCAAACAUACCAAGAGAGUGAGAGAAAGAAAGCAGAAGAAACCCAGAUGCAAUCGUACGCCAGUGUUCCGCACUCUCACGACGCUCAUACGCGACGACGACCAGGCGCAGCUCCCUUGACACCUCAGUCAAAGUGGUCUUCCUGACGCCACACACUGACCGGAGACUUGCCAGCAAAGCCCUCGAGUCCUAAUCGCCGUCGUACUGGCACGCCACAUUCAACAUUGUCACCUCGACGAUGUCGACCCGACAUCUGGACCCACCAGGCGGAGGCCCGGCUCCUCUGCUGACACUCCGGACGCUCCCCCCUCUGCCGCUCUUUCACACACCGCACGCCGUACCUCCACCCCAUAUGCCAAUCUCGCGCCUUAAGCUGAGCAUCGUCCGCAUCCUCACCGGCGCGAGCAAUGCCGGCGCUGCAAGUGGAAGUGCAAGCGCCAGCAGGAGCAGCAGCGGAAACGUCAUCACCAUGACAUACGCUGAGCAGGUCAAGGAGAUGACACUGCAUGGUUGGCGGCUGCAGAUGAUUGGGCUUGAGCUGAGGCAAAAUGCUCUGAUCGCGCCAGAGACGAGGGAGCGGGUAGCCUCUUUCUCCUCACGGGCUGAUGCAGAGAAUGGGGGCGCUGAUGAGGCGAUGCAGGGGUUUGAAUUGAAAGAUGAGCAUGAAUGCGCACUACUCGAGGAGGGAGAUGAGAUUGUGUGGGUCUAGAGCAAAACUUUUCUGUUAAUCGAAAUUAACUGAUUUGACCUGUCUUUCUCGCUGCAGCAUCCGAAUCAGAAAACCCUACACCUUAGCAGAUCUUCAACUCCCCAGCCUACCAUCGACACAUGUAUAUGUCGUACCGGCUGCAUCGCUCACACGCGCUGGUACACUGUCCAAUCCGCCUUCGUACUCGAGCAUACACCCACAGCCG